AUGGAGGAAAUAUAUCAAAAGCUCAGCGUGGUCAACUUGUGGGAAGGCUUCUCCAACUCUGACGACACGUCCUUCCAAGUCAUCGAGGCAAGGCACCAGCAUGCCUCUGGCAAAAUCAGCAUCAACCGCAAGCUCGUCUACUUCAAAGAGCUGGACAGCUGGCUGGCCGAAGGAACGGAAGGAGACGAUGGCGACACGAGCCAGUCUCUUGUGUUACGUCUUGCGCUGAUAGGCUGCGACAUCAAGCGCAAGCUUCUCAAAUUGUCCAAAGAUGUCCUGGACCCGCUGCUCGACGAGUUCAACCUGGAACUGGCCUACACGUACUCGCAAAGCUGCAUCACAAAUGUGUCUGCCAUUCCUUCCAGGGGCCAACAGACAUACUCGUUCUGCUAUAUGCCCAAGCUGGUUGCGGUCUGGUCUCAGAAGAGCUUCGCCAGAAACCGCUCGACUGAUCGAGUACGACCAAAUCUCACCCAGGGGCUUAUACUGGUCGAGGAGUCCAAUAAGGGAUUCCUCUCCGACACGCUAUGCUCGCCUUGGGAUGCCCGACUCUACGCGAGCCCCAUGUUCCCAGCCCUUCUGUUCAGCAUGAUCCUCAGCAUGCAGGUCCACUUUGAGGAAGCAAAGAUCAAGGUGAAACUGCGCGAGAUCGAGGAACGUACAGGCCAGGACAGGAUAGCCGCUCAUAAACAAGAGGCAACGACGGAAUCAUACAUCAAGCUGGCUGCCCAGGUGGAUCGACAUGCCGUCAAGCUCGCCAGCGUGAGCAGGAAAAGCAAAAUGGCCGAAAAGACUUUGUCUUUCGUCUUGCAGAACACGCCGAACUCGGCCUUCGGGCCUUCGUUUGGAUCUACACCACCCAACCCCAGUGAGCUUCUGAGGAGCCAUGUGACUCUCUUGCAGGAUAGAUUGGCGAUGCAGGCUGUCGAUAUAGAGUACACGCUGAGGCGUGUUCAGCUACAGAUCAACACGCUCGCCGGUAUCAUUUCCCGAGACGACGUCAAGGCGAAUCUCGACCUCGCAGAAUCCCAGCACCGCGACUCCCUAUCGAUGAAGACACUCGCCAUCGUCACCAUGGUCUUCCUCCCAGGGAGCUUCAUCUCCGCCCUCUUCUCCACGUCCAUGUUCGACUGGGACAGCAUCGACCCCGGCGCGGGCAGCAUUGCGGUGCGGACGAUGCCCCAGUUUGGGCUGUACUGGGCCAUUACCGUGCCGCUCACCGUCGUCACCUUUCUGCUGUACUUUUUCUGGCUGCGGGUGAUGAAGAGGCAGCGGGACCGCAGGAAGACGAGCUUUGAUCAGCUUUCGGCGGAGGAGAAGGGCGAGGCGAGCGGGAUUGGAUUGGCCAAGCUGCGGAAAGAAGGCACUGAAGUCUCCAAGAAGUCGACCAUGCCGUUUGGUAACUGGUAA